ACGGUGGUAACACUUACCUCGAACGCCGACGCCAUUAACUCAGUCAAGGAAUUUUAAUUGUAAUUUUUUAAUUAAUACGUUCUUUUGCCUGACAUAACGCGCUGUAUAAACACUUCAAAGUACCAGCACUAAAGCCACAUAUAUUUAACCAAGGCUAACUUGAUUUAAAUACAGUGAUUUAACCGGCAAAUAGCCGCAAAGGACGCUGCAUCAGUAUUAGUGACAAUAACUGGUAUUUUCGCAAUUCCAGGCAAAAUUUCGCCAUUGCGAAUUUUUAGAGUGAAAGUGCGCUUCCGCCUAUUACACUGUAAGGCAAUAAUUUGACUCUUGGCUGCUGUCCAUUUAAGUGAGAACGACAAACACUCACACGCACACACAUACAUACAAGCGAACACGCGCGGUUGCUGCUGUCCUACCCCACUGCCGCAAAGUAUUCCACUUCAUUACUUACAUCAUUCCCCUCACGCCGUCUGCGCCUGCUACCUCUUUGCUAUUGUAACUAACAGAAAGCUAAAACAAAACAUUUAGCCAUGGCCGAGCCUAAAACCCCCGAAAAGAUGCUGUCUGCCAAGCCGCCAAUGUAUCAUCAUCAGAAUAGCCAUAGUCCAAAUGCAUCGCUGCAACUGCCGAGCCCAAUCAUAACGCGCCGCACACGCACGGCCUCGACAUCGGCGCGUGCUAUGGAAAACCCGAUGGUAUGCGGUGUCGUUAAAUCCUUUAGCCGUACCAAAGGACAUGGCUUCAUUACGCCCAAUGGUGGCGGCGAUGACGUUUUUUGCCAUGUUUCCGACAUCGAAGGUGAAUAUGUACCCAUGCCCGGAGACGAGGUCAAAUAUCGCCUAUGCGCCAUUCCGCCCAAGUUUGAGAAACACCAGGCCGUGCACGUGCAGAUUAGUAAUCUGACGCCCGAGGUGCACCACAAGUGGGAGGAGCCCGUCUUCUGCGGUUCGCCCGCCAAAUAGGAAACAUUUGAAGCCAGCCUUGUGCAACUUAAUUAGCUGAAGCACGCCAUGCGGUCGAGGACAUCAAAUAUAAAAUAAAAAUCAGCAAAGAAAAAAAAAACCGAACAGUUGGCAGAGAAGAUGAUCAAACAGGAACUUAUGUAUGAAUGUGAAAAAUUACAAAAGAACUUUAUCAAUCGUGCGACGCAAAUACCCAUAGACUCAUAAACGCUCACAGCCAGCCAGUUUCAAUUAAAAGUAUAUGUAUGUAUGUUUAUUACGAAUAGUCUUAAGCUAAGCGUAAUAUUUCUGAAGUCAGUCACAACACAAAGAGUUGAACUUUUUUCAAAAAAGAGCGAGACCGUUAACCAGUUUUCAAAAAUAAUGAAAUUGUAUUUGAAUUUGUUAUUCCACGAAUGGUCACAAUGAUUUGGAGCUGGAGCCUGAAAUACUUAAUAUUUUUUUUGGUUGUAAUGAAAUAUAUUUAAUAUGCAAAGUCCGAAUCACUUUAUUAUAUCGUA